AUGGCUGCAGCUCAAUAUCUUUAUUUGUGGGUAGUCUUCAAUUUAUCAUUGUUCUUGGCCUUGGCUAAAGAAGAAAACCAGUUCAUCUACCAUGGUUUCAACAACUCGAAACUGCAACUGGGUGGCUUGGCAAAGAUUCUUCCCAAUGGUCUAUUGCGGCUUACAAACACUUCUGAGCUUGAAAGCGGUUAUGCUUUCUACCCUUCUCCUUUCAAAUUCAACUCAUCUUUCUCUCAAACCCUUUCGUUUUCCACAACUUUCGUGUUUGCCAUGGUUUCAAAAGCAGUUAAUUUUGGAGGCAAUGGCUUGGCUUUUUUCAUCUCACCGUCUAUGAACUUCACUGGCGCUGUCGCAGGUGCAUAUUUGGGUCUCUUCAAUCUUACAAACAAUGGCCAGCCUAUUAACCACAUCUUGGCGGUUGAGCUUGAUACUGUAUAAAUCCCUGAAUUUUAUGACAUAGAUGGAAACCAUGUUGGAAUUGAUGUGAACAGCCUCAUCUCUAAUCAAUCUGCUACAGCAAGUUACUUUUCCAAUAAAGAAGAAAAGAAGGAAACUUUGGAGUUAGGAAGUGGAAAACCAAUCCAGAUUUGGAUAGACUAUGAUGGAACAGAAAAAUUAUUCAAUGUAACAAUAGCUCCACUGAAAAUUCCAAAACCAAACAGGUCUCUGCUCUCAAAACAUCUCGAUCUCUCCGAAGUUCUAUUGGAGUCUAUGUAUGUUGGUCUCUCUGCAGCAACUGGUACGCGGAUAAGUGAUCACUAUAUUCUCGGAUGGAGCUUCAACAAAAGUGGACCCGCACAAAACCUUGAUAUUUCAAAGCUUCCUCCUCCUCCUCCACCUGAGAAAACCAGUGAGGGCCUAGAUCGAACUAUUACUGUUUUGCUUGUGGCAAUAGCGGUUGUGCUGAUAACAGUUGGUGGAGCUGUUUACAUUGUGAGGAAGAAGAAAUAUGAAGAAGUAUAUGAGGACUGGGAAAAAGAAUAUGGUCCCCAUAGGCUCUCCUAUAAGAAGCUCUACAAAGCAACCAAAGGUUUCAAAGAAAAAGAGGUUAUUGGACAAGGAGGUUUUGGACAGGUGUACAGAGGUGUUCUUCCUUCUAAUGUACAAAUCGCAGUCAAGAGAAUCAACCAUAACUCAAACGAAGGGAUGAAGCAAUUUGUGGCCGAGACUGUGAGCAUGAGAAGGCUAAGGCAUAGGAAUUUGGUUCAACUCCGGGGCUAUUGCAGGCGUAGGGAGGAACUUCUAUUGGUCUAUGAUUAUAUGCCUAAUGGAAGCCUUGACAAAAUCUUAUAUGGCGAUACAAAACCAAACCUUAAUUGGUUUCAGAGAUUCCGGAUUCUCAGAGGAGUAGCUUCGGGCCUUCUUUAUCUCCAUGAAGAGUGGGAACAAGUUGUUCUGCAUAGAGACAUAAAAGCUGCCAACGUUCUUUCAGAUGCUGAUCUGAACGGAAAGUUAGGAGAUUUUGGGCUUGCUAGAUUACAUGAUCAUGUUAGUAAUGCACAAACCACCAGCCUGGUAGGAACUGUUGGUUAUCUAGCUCCAGAGCUGCUUAAGACUGGAAAGGCAACUACUAGCACUGAUGUAUUUGCUUUCGGAGCUUUUAUGCUUGGUGCUUGUGGGAGGAGGCCUAUAGAGCCUGGCAUGGUAGAUUUGGCUGCUUGGGUCAUUGAUUGCUGGAAAAGAGGAGCAAUUCUAGAUGUUAGUGACCCUAGAUUGGAAGGUAUGUAUGUGGACGAGCAAAUGGAGUUGGUUCUUAAACUUGGCCUCCUUUGUUCACACUCUAACCCAGAAACUAGGCCUAGCAUGAAGCAGGUGACACAGUAUCUGGAUGGUGAAGCAAAAUUGCCAAGUAUAACACCAGAGAGCGCUGUGAUAGGCGCAAUAACAGCGAGGAAUGAAGUUCCUGAUAUUGUUUUGUCAUUUGAUUCGUUGCCUGAGUAUUUCUUCCCACACCUUGUCCACUGUUGA